AUUAAACAGAUUGCUGUAUGUUGGUUAUGUGUGUAUGCCGGAAGAAGGCUGACCGGUUAGGGAGAACCUGUGGAAAAUAGUCACUUCAAGGAACCUUUCACAGAGGGGCAGCAGGACAUCCAGCAAGACACCAACUGAGAUGGGUCUUAUAACUGGAAUGUGAUACAAAAUGAGACAACGGUGUGCUUUAGGGCCAUGCAGAUGCCUCCGAGUGGUCGGGGGCAGUGGAGAGGAGAAGGAGAGUGUGCAGGGGAGGUUUCACAGGAGACUGUCUCGUCUGGGGAGCAGAGGCUCUAUUAGAGAACCACCCAGACCUCCACCCCAACCUGUCCAACCCUCAGCCACAUCUCCGCCCCUAGCCCCGGCCCCAGCUCCAGCCCCGGCCACAGUUGACAGUCCCACUCCCCCAGCAGCGAAACCUCCAACCGCUACAGCCCCAGCCCCUAAACCCACUGAUAUAAGCUUGAAGCCAAGCCUCCCUCCAAGGCCUCUAACCAGGUGGUUCAGCAGCAAUGAGCAUGGCACCACAGUCCUACAGGGGUUUGAGGUGUUCCGUGGUGAUGAGACUCUGUGUGAUGUCAUCCUGGUGCCUGGGGACAGCAGUGACACCUUCCCCGUGCACAGAGUCAUUAUGGCCUCUGCCAGCAACUACUUCAAAGCCAUGUUCACUGGGGGUAUGAGAGAACAGGAUAUGAGGCACAUUAAGCUCCAUGGGGUGAGUAAAACAGGUCUGAAGAACAUCAUAGAGUUCAUCUACACAUCCCGGCUGAGUCUGAGCAUGACCAACCUGCAGGACACUCUGGAGGCUGCCAACUUCCUCCAGGUCCUCCCCGUCCUAGGCUUCUGCAACAAGCUGCUCAGCACUGAGAUCACCAUUGAUAACUGUAUGGAGGUGGAGCGCAUCGCCGGGGACCUGCUCCUGGAGGAUGUACAGGCCCACAUUGGGAAGUUUGUAUGUCAGAACCUGUCAGCAUUGCUACAGUCUGGCCACUACCUGCAGCUCUCUCAGCCCAGUCUGGCUAAAGCCCUGGCCAGCGACAGCCUCAAGGGCUUCUCUGAGAUGGAGCUGUACCGCAUCGCCCGCACCUGGCUGGACCACGACCCCCCCACCCGCCGCUCCGCCGCCUACUCCCUGAUGAGCCAGGUCCGCUUCCCCCUCAUGACCCCCACUGAGCUGCUCGAGAUCUCCCAGGAGGAUGAGGGGCACGAUGAUGGCGGAGCGGCCAUGAUGCGCUCGGACACGGCCUGCGUCAACCUCCUGCUAGAGGCCAGCAACUACCAGAUGAUGCCCUUCCUCCAGCCUUCCUUACAGACGGAGCGCACACGCAUCCGGUCGGACACCAAACACCUGCUGGCGCUGGGCGGGGUGAUGAAGCAGCAGCUGGUGGUGAGCAGGGAGCUGAGACUGUAUGAUGAGGAGAUCGGCCAUUGGAGGGCGCUGAGGCCUAUGGAGGUUCCCCGCUACCAGCACGGCGUUGCCCUGCUCGGGGGCUUUCUCUACAUCGUAGGCGGCCAGAGCACCUACGACACCAAGGGCAAGACGGCGUUGGACAGCGCCUACCUCUACGACCCGCGCUUCGACCGGUGGUUGCAGGUGGCCUCGCUCAAUGAUAAGAGAACCUUCUUCCACCUGAGCACCCUGAAAGGGAAGCUGUAUGCUGUUGGGGGCCGGAACGCCUCAGGAGAGAUUGACACCAUGGAGUGCUACAACCUUAGAAGGAAUGAGUGGACAUUCGUGUCUCCCAUGGUCGACCCCCACUACGGGCAUGCUGGGACAGUCCAUGGUGACCUGAUGUAUGUCUCAGGCGGAAUCACACGGGACACGUUCCAGAAGGAGCUGUUGUGUUAUGACCCUGAGACUGACGCAUGGAGUCGCCGUGCUGACAUGAUGGAACUGCGUGGCCUACACUGCAUGUGCACAGUGGGCGAUCGGCUCUAUGUGAUGGGAGGGAACCACUUCCGGGGCAGCAGCGACUAUGAUGACGUACUUAACUGUGAAUUCUACAGCCCUGAGGUGGACCAGUGGACGGUGGUGGCGGCCAUGCCACGGGGCCAGAGUGAUGUAGGGGUGGCCGUGCUCCAGGGUCAGAUCUACGUGGUUGGGGGCUACUCCUGGAACAGCCGCUGCAUGGUGGACAUCGUGCAGCGCUACGACCCAGAGAAGGACGAGUGGGACCGGGUGUUCAAUGUGCUGGAACCCCUGGGCGGCAUCCGGGCCUGCACCAUGACCGUGCAUCUGCCUGAGGGUGCCGUGGACAACGGCAAGAUGCAGGAGUGCCCGCUGGACACUGCCAAGAACUGAAAGCUGAGAUCAAGAACAUAUAGAUUUAGCUUCUCUGUGUUUGAGAUGCUGGAAAGUGUGACUUUUUUGUGGGAGAAGUGGAAAAUGUGCAGUAGAAUUUCUCGAAUAGGUCCCACAAGGGGUUGGAACUGGUUCAGGAAACACAACAGAAAACCGGAAAAUAACAAAACAUUUCAAAGAACAGAAUUGGAACCGGGAAUGAAAGUGAUCCAUACUGUUCCGGAACUGAACUGUUAUUUUUUAAGUGCAUGGCAGCCGGUUAAUAACGUUAUUUUACUUGUCCCACAAAAAAAUGCAACAAAGUAUCUAUGGAAAGCCCUCACUCUGUCAUUAAGAAACAUAUUCCAGUGUCUGCCUGCAAGAUAAAUCUUUGCCUGUGAUUUUGAGUGUUUAGGCUAUCUGCCCCUCCCCCCUUUGACGUUACAAGCGUGAUUCAGAAGACAGGGAGAGAUUUUUUAAUAUAUAUUUUUUAAUUAGAGAAGAAUGGAUUAUCUUGUUCAAUGCUAAUUAAGGAUACUAUAAACCCAGUUUCAAGUUUGAUUUAUUAACUACAAAAAGGAAAGAUGUUUUUUAUUCUGGUGCCGCUCUGCGCACACAAGUUUGUUAUCUAACUAGCUCAAACUUGUUAGCAAGCUAGCUCAAAGGACAGUCAGUUUCUCCAUACAAACCACUACUCAUAGGUAUAAUUCUGUGGACCUAAUUCAGAUAAUGCAUGUCAUAACAAGAUGCCCAGAUCUUCAAGCCUCCUCCUCAACCCUCUCUCCCCACCCGUAAAAUAUCAGUUGCAUCUUCCGUUAUAGUCUACAUUUCUGUCCAUCACGCAUGUAAACAACUUGUUUGCCUGUUCUAUCCACACUGAUUGGUGAAGUAAUUUAAUGAGCUAAAUGUUUUUU